GCACGGGGAAGCAGACAAGGAAAACAUCAGCAUGUCCUCACCCGGUUUUACUGACAUCUUCCAUUGUGAAGACACCCAACAAUCAAAGGGGCUGUUCUCAUACACUGACGACGGACUAAAUGAUAGUUUGGAUGGGAGUUCAACUGAUUUAACUGAUGUUUUUGAGGAGGAUUUCUGUGAGGGUGAGCUAUGGAUUCCUCCAAACGAUGAUGUGAUGCAACAAAUUGCUGCCCAGCUUGAGAACUAUCUUUCUGAUGAGAACCUAUCAGAUGAUGCUUUUCUCCUAAAACACGUCCAAAGGAACAAGAUGGGUUACGUUAGUUUAAAGCUGUUGACAUCUUUCAAAAAGAUUCGAGAUCUCACACGUGACUGGCGCACCACACUGGCGGCAGCAAGAACCUCUCUGCAGCUGGAAGUGAAUGAGAUGGGAACCAAGGUGCGACGACGGACUCCAGUACCUGAUUGGCUCUUAUGCAUUCCCACAAGCAAGCUGCUUUUGGCCUGGAACUUCCUGGAUGGCGCUGGUCCAGUCAAGGAGAAGUUUGAGUCACCUGGUGUGGAGCAGCUAGGCAUCAUGGAAGCCGCAAUGCGUGUGUUUUCCCCUUAUGGCACCAUUUCAUCCCUCCGCAUUCUGCGCCCUGGGAAAGAAAUCCCUACGGAGUUGAAACGCUACACUAAGAAACAUCUCGAACUGGGGCGCAAAGUAUGUGCUGUGGUAGAGUAUGAGUAUCUAGAGGGCGCACGCAAAGCUUAUGAGACCCUGAAGGCGGAGGAGCAGCAGGGAGGACGGGGCAUUUGUGUGGUCCUGCUGGGUAGCCGUGGAACCCGUAAGCCAGGAUGCAGCCAAGGCCUUGCAGACGAGGAGCAAGAAGACUGCAUCGACAUCGAUGUUUUGAAGAGACCCAACAGAAAGGCCAGGCAGUUUGGUUAUUCUCUGGAGGAUUCGGCUGUUUGCAGCUCUUCAGAGUCUGAUUUUGCCCCUGCCUCUCCCCGGCCCAACCGCAGGGUCUCCCGCCCUCAGGCCCUCUACGGCAGCCCUCUUGCCAUCCCGCGGGUAUCCACUUUCCGCUCUGACCCUUACAGGAAUCCCCUUGGCAGUCCUGUUGGAAGCCCGCUCCAGCCUCGUAAGCUUUUUCCUUGCAGUCAUGUGACAUCUCCUCUGGCUACACAUCCUUUCAGCAGCACGCCAAGCGGAGCUGGCACAUCCUUCAAGUACAAGGCCACAGGUGAGCUCUCCCCAGAUGAUCUGGGCUUCACAGGCAGCCCGUGGGUUCAGAGACGUAAAAAUGCAGCUCAGGUCAUUCAGCCUGAGAUGGCCAGCUCGAUGUCACCCAGUCAGCUAAUCAAGUCUUUAAGUGUGCUGGUUGUGCGUCAGCCUGUCGGCCCUGAUGGGACCAAAGGUUUCCACAACUGCAUCGGUCGAGGGAAAGUGCUGCUACCCCAAUGACCCAGUUAAUCAUCCACUUAGAAAAAAAUAGUGUGAGCCAUUGUGCAGUGCAGCAGAAGCACUUUUAAUGCAACACAUUCACUGUCAUGUUCUCCUAUUAAUGAAAAUGGAAAUAAGUAAUGUAAAAAAUGUCUAAUUAAUUGUUGAAUAAA